AGCAGAGAGACAGAGAGAAGCAGAGAGACAGAGAGAGGCAGAGAGAGUCACAGAAGCGAAGGAGAACCAGAGAAAAAUGCAGGAGAUCAAGAGAGUCAAACAUCUGCUGGAGCUACUGAUGGUGGAUCUACAACUGGCCCACCAAGAGAUAGAGAGAUUGAGGCUAUGGCAGAAAGUCAUGGAGGAUCAGCGACCAAGACUGGCCUGGAACAACAAACCUAUUGAGACAGAAAGAGAGAGGGAAAGAGAGAGGGAAAAGGAGAGAGAAAGGGAGAUGGAAAGGGAGAGAAAAGCAGAAUUGGAAAGACAAGAAAUGAAGAAGAAAGUGAAACAGGCAGAAGAAACGAUAAAAGCGUUAGAACGAGAGAUUGAGACAUUGAAAGAGAUGGAAAAGGAAAUCAUAUUUGAAAGAGAAAGAGACAUGUGUAUUGCAGAGAAUGAGAAAGUCAAACUGGUUAACGGAAAGGUAAAAGAGUUAGAGAGAGAGGUUGAGAGACUGAAAGAAGAUAUGACAACAAAAGAGAUUCAAUACAAAAUCAAAUUUGAAAGAGCGAAAGAAGCAUAUAGAAGACAGAAUGAGAGAGUGAAACAGGUUAACCAAAAUGUACUAGUGUUAGACAGAGAGGUUGUGAGAAUGAAAGAAGAGAUUAGAUUGAAAGACGAGACUGAACCAGAGAGAACAUUUGAUAGAGACAGAGAGAGAGAAAAUGAUUGGAGACGAAGUGAAGAGGAGAUGAAAAAUAGAGUGGAGAGAGAGAUGGAGAUGGAGACAGCCCUCAUCAAUGACAAAAAGACGUCUGAAUUGGAGGAAGUCUUCAAGAAAAUCAAGGUACAGCUGCUAGAAUUAGAAAAUAUGGAAACAGACAAAUAUAAAUGGAAACAGAACCAAAUGGACAUGGAGGAGAAGAUGGAGGGUGAGAACAACAAACAGAAAGAGGUAGAAAGAAAGAGAAUGGAGACAAUACCAAAACAGAGACAACAAGAAGAUGAGAAGAAGAAGGAGAUGGAGAAGAACAGUGAAGAGGAGGAGGAGGAGGAAGAUGACAAGGAGGACCUUAUCCCACCUGAUAAAAGUAUCCGAAGGAGAGCUGUGGACUGGGUGAAUAAGAAGUGGGAGAAGAGGAACCUCAAAAAGAUCGAGAGAACGUAUCAGAGAGAGGCUGAGGAGGGCUAUAAGAUCGUCCACCUAGCCUUCCCUGGACACCCAAGGGUAAUAUCCACCAUGACCCGGGCAGAGAGAGAGAGGGAGAAGAGGAAGGAGCUGCUGAAGGAUAAGGAGAGAAGGAAGAAGUUGGAGGAUUUCAAUAAGCAGUGGAGAGAGCAGUCCCUGCUUAAAAAAAGGACUCAUCAGAAUCUGAAGGAGGAGAGGGAGAGGAUGAUGGAAAAGCAUUACCGGGAUGGGCCACAGGCCAACAAGUAA